CCGCCGGAGGAGCCAUGGAGAGAGCGCUCAAGUUCUCAGGCUCCGGCUUGACCCUGGGCUUGGGCUUGGGCUCGGCCUCGGCCUCAGCCUCGGCCUGGAGGAGGGCUUCGCAGAGGUGGGCCUGGCCGCUCCGCUCCCUGCGGCCUGGAGGGGAUGCAAGGGAGCCUCGCAAGAUCAUCCUGCACAAGGGCUCCACAGGCCUGGGCUUCAACAUUGUGGGAGGAGAGGAUGGAGAAGGCAUUUUUGUCUCUUUCAUCCUGGCAGGAGGCCCAGCUGACCUGAGUGGAGAGCUGCGCAGGGGAGACAGGAUAUUAUCGGUGAAUGGAGUGAACCUGAGGAAUGCAACUCAUGAGCAGGCUGCAGCUGCUCUGAAACGGGCUGGCCAGUCAGUCACCAUUGUGGCCCAGUACAGACCAGAAGAGUACAGUCGCUUUGAAUCAAAGAUACAUGACUUGCGAGAACAAAUGAUGAACAGCAGCAUGAGCUCUGGGUCUGGGUCCCUCCGAACAAGCGAGAAGAGGUCCUUGUAUGUCAGGGCCCUGUUUGAUUAUGACCGGACUCGGGACAGCUGCCUGCCAAGCCAGGGGCUCAGUUUCUCUUAUGGUGACAUUCUACAUGUCAUUAAUGCCUCUGAUGAUGAGUGGUGGCAGGCAAGACUGGUGACUCCACAUGGAGAAAGUGAGCAAAUUGGUGUGAUCCCCAGUAAGAAGAGGGUUGAAAAGAAAGAAAGAGCUCGAUUGAAAACGGUGAAGUUCCAUGCCAGGACGGGAAUGAUUGAAUCUAACAGGUCGAUCAAAACGAAACGUAAAAAGAGUUUCCGCCUCUCUCGAAAGUUUCCAUUUUACAAGAGCAAAGAAAACAUGGCCCAGGAGAGCAGCAUACAGGAACAGGGAGUGACAUCCAACACCAGUGACAGCGAAAGCAGUUCCAAAGGACAAGAGGAUGCUAUUUUGUCAUAUGAGCCAGUAACACGGCAAGAAAUUCACUAUGCAAGGCCUGUGAUCAUCCUGGGCUCAAUGAAGGACCGAGUCAAUGAUGACCUGAUCUCUGAAUUCCCACAUAAAUUUGGAUCCUGUGUGCCACAUACUACCCGGCCUCGGCGUGAUAAUGAGGUGGAUGGACAAGACUAUCACUUUGUGGUAUCCCGAGAACAAAUGGAGAAGGAUAUUCAGGACAACAAGUUCAUUGAGGCAGGCCAGUUCAAUGAUAAUCUCUAUGGGACCAGCAUCCAGUCAGUCCGGGCAGUUGCAGAGAGAGGCAAGCACUGCAUCUUAGAUGUUUCUGGCAAUGCUAUCAAGAGGCUGCAGCAAGCACAACUUUACCCCAUUGCCAUUUUCAUCAAGCCCAAGUCCAUUGAAGCACUUAUGGAAAUGAACCGACGGCAGACAUACGAACAAGCAAAUAAGAUCUAUGACAAAGCCAUGAAACUGGAACAGGAGUUUGGAGAAUACUUUACAGCCAUUGUGCAGGGUGACUCACUGGAAGAGAUUUAUAACAAAAUCAAACAAAUCAUUGAGGACCAGUCUGGGCACUACAUUUGGGUCCCAUCCCCUGAAAAACUCUGAAGAAUCCCCUCCAACCACUCUCUUGUGAACAGAAGAAAUCAAGUCCCUCUUCCCUCCUCCCUCUUCAUUCCUGUCCCCAUGGGGAGAACAAAUGACUACUGUUCUUGUCCCCUUUUUUAGAUAUGUCAAAAAAAAAUUGAGUUUUCUAGUCCUGUUUUUUUUUUUUUUUAUUUUUGUUUUGUUUGAGUUUAUUUUUGGGGGGAUGAUGCCAUCUCACUCAUCGUGUGACCGUGCCCAUUCCUGCAUGGACCUUUCCCAAGUGCUAGCACAGGUGCAAAUCCAUCAGAAUCAUUGUUUUCUUAAAAAUCAAGCAGAAGCGAAGAGAAGAGAGGAGGACUGAUGGAAAGACAGACUCCGGACAGCUACACGGAUUGUGAAACGAGCUAUAUGCACAACAUGAUGAGAUGCUCCUGGGGCAUUUCUGUAUAUCUGUAUUGCUGUCUGGCAGCUCUGAACAGUGCAACGUAAUGGCAACAGAAAGUAUCUUAUUUAUAUAUAUAUAUAUACAUAUAUAUAUAUGUAAUUUAUAUAAAAUAUAUAGAAAUUAUUAUAUAUAUAUAUUAUACACUCAUAUAAUAUAUAUAUAUAUUCACACACAUUUGGACUAGAAAAUUUAUGGAGACUUCAUCAAUGGUACUAUGUUAUUAGAGAACUGUCUUAAUUUUCAUAUUCCAAUCAGAUGGCAUCUUAUAUCCCAACUGGUUGGGAAGGGAUUGAAAACGGUGGUUAAGUGCUGUACUAAAGGGCACCUGCAUUUGGUCAUUCUCUUGAGAGCUGAGAUUUUCUCUCGGAGGGGGUCAGCUUGAGGCCUGGGGGCGAGAGGGCCGGGAACUUGACCCUAAAGCAGCUGCUGCCCUUGAGGUGCAGUCAGUCCUGUGUGCGGAAAGGGAGAGAAUGGCUAAUGAUGCUCCAUAUUAAAUUGCCUAUUGUUUUAUGCCACCUGAUGUGUCUGCAUGAGAGGUUUCCUUUUUGUUCAUUUUUAAGCUGCUGUUAAACCAAAACCAUGUUGUGCUACUGUGUCAGCCUUUUCAUUAUUCCAAAUUUUACUUUUACUAUUUAAGUGAAUGCGUAGACUCCAAUUUGACAAUGUUCUAAAGGCUUAUAACGUUCUAAAGGAGCCAGGCCUUGUGAUAUAGUAGGUGACCCAGGCUUGGCCGUCUAAUCAGCAGAAGGGAAAUGCAGGCUGGUAAAGAGGGAGAGGAGGAGCACUUCGAUCCUGUCCCUUCACUUACCUGCCAAGGACAUGCAGGGCCUCAACUGAGGUUCCAUCAUGGGACCCACUGACAGGGAGAAGGAGUCACCUUCCUACCAGCUCUGUGCUGGGACAAUGGCACAGCACUAGGCUUGGCCAGCCACACAAUUAGUAGUUUGAUUUGGGCCUUUUUUUUUUUUUUUGCAGCUGCUUCAUACGCCCUACCCCAGCCCCCUCACCAACAUCUGGUAGCUUACUGUUUCUUCAAGAACAAAGUAGACUUUAAUGCUGUAAAUUUGAGCUGUAGAGCUAAGAUUCACCUACUGGUGACAUGUGAAACCUUGUUGCUUUUUCCUAGAGUCUGAUGGCAGUGAUUGUGGUCAGGGGAGUUUUUCUCUGACCACAGCAGGUGUGUUUCAGGCCCUACCCCACCCUACUAUGCUCCUUUGAAGCCAAUGUGCCUCCCUCCCCUCCAUGCUGGAGGGAUGACACAGGGGAGAAGAAAAUAGAAACGCUUGGCCCUAGGGUUGAGUCACUUGUUUCCUAGCCCACUGUGUUAUGAUCAGUGCAAACAACUCAGUGUGGAAGAUGCUUAAGCACUACCAGCCAAAUUUGAGAAGUGUGUUAACAGUUAUCCUACCAGCAUAUUGAGACUAACUCUAGAGUUUUUUUUCUAGAGUUUGGGGCCCAGAAGAGGGUAGAGAAAGGGCAGCAGCUUUACCUGGGCAGUACACUGGGUUGAAGGCAAAGAGGAAUAAAGUGACGGCUGAUGA